AAUUUCGACAGGCUGUGUGUUGUUAAGCCUAACGCAGUCAUACAAAGCAAGGAAUACCACAGACAAACAUCCAGCCAACUACUUUCCGUUUGGGAUUUGUGAGAAGCUACAGGUCAUUGCCCAAAAACGUACCAUUCAGCAUUUAAUCUGCAAGCCACAUUGAUGUGAGCGAUAAAAGCCGCUAAGGAAACUGAUGCUGUAGAAUCGCCGUAACUGUCCGCACGUCCUAAUCUAGUCCUAAUACAUGUGGAAUUCAUUUAUUUUCCUUUCCUUUUAGCUAAAAUGGCAUUUAACCCAAUGUUGAAAAAAUUCUUGGUCGCAGGUUGGCUAUGGGGCGGGCUUAUGAGAGUGCAGUUUGUGAUUGGCCAUAACCCCCUCCUGGUUCGCGCUAUUUCCGUUUUCACUCACCGCGCAGGCCCAGCGACCUCGAUGUAAUUUUUAUUUACUCCUGAAAUCCAAGAUGGCUACUCCGAAUAUUUCAGUACCUUAGCAAUUGAGGAUGCACGUAUUGAGAAAACUACUUUCCCCGAUAAUCUCAUCCCCUGAAACUAAAUUAGUAAGGUGUAGAUGAACUAUUUGCAUCUUACCUGACACAAAAUAGUCCUCGCGUCUUGCUUCAGCUCCCGCGAAUACACCAUUUUCAAGUAGUUUCGAGGAAUACAUAUCCUCGAUCGCUGUCUCUCCAAAGCAAGCGAGGUUCACCGUCUCCACAUCAAAUGGCCGAACCGAGAAAAGUACCAUUUGUCACACUGUCGGCCUUCGCCGCUGGACCGGCCUCAGAGCCUAGGAAAUGCCGACAUGAAGAUGAGGCCGGAAUCAAUUUGGAGGAGAGCACAGCAGUAGGCACUACACCGACCGGGGCAGGAGAUGGUGGUCUGUUCGGCAAAGCUAGCGACGGGGACAACGGGGAACCAAGAGGGAUUACCGUGCGAUUGAACCUCUGCCUGUCCGAGCCGAGCGACCAAGCGUCGGCCGAAUUCAACUACAGCGAGCUGGUUCAGUCAAUACAGGUGAAGAAGGCACCCCCCCAAGCACUGACACCUGCCUGUGACCCUAAUGACCCCUUUGCAGAUGAAGAGAAAGAACGACAGGAAGUGGAGGCCCUGGCCAAGAAGUUUGAGAGCAAAUAUGGCAAUUCUGGGAAAAAGAAACGGAAAGACAGAAUGCAAGAUCUGAUCGACAUCGGUUUCGGCUAUGACGAGAGUGACCCAUUCAUUGACAACUCGGAGGCUUACGACGAGCUGGUCCCGGCCUCUCUCACCACCAAGCUGGGCGGGUUCUACAUCAACACGGGAACGCUGCAGUUCCGCGCCGCGUCCGAGUCCGAGGGGGAGGACGGCGGGAAGGAUGGGAAGGCUCGCAGGCCGCUGAAGGACGGAGAGGAGCAGGUCAUGAAGAAACGGAAGAGAAAAGAAGGGAGCAGUGCGGAGGAGAAGAAGCCCAGGAAGACCAAAGUGCCGAAGCAAGGGGCGAGCGGCCUGAGCGUGCACCGCCCGGAGAAGAAGAAGCGCAAGAAGCUGAUGAAGGACUCGCUGUGCCUGGCCGCCAUGCUGCGCCGCUUCACGCGCGAGAAGGAGGAGCUUCGCAAGAAGAUCAGCGGCGGCGGCGGCGGCGGCGGGGGGGCGCUGCCCGCGGGCGGAGGGGCGGCCGCCAACGCGCCCCGCGCCAACCACGCGCUCCACAACUCCCAGCUGCACCCCCACGCCCACCCCCACCCGCACCCCCACCCCGCCGGCAACGACAUGGCCAUGGCGGACCUGAGCGACCCGGCCGUCCUGUCGCUGCUGGGCUCCACCAGCGAGAGCGAGCUGCAGGACCUCCUGGAGGACCUGGACUUCAGCCUGCUGGACUCCGCCUCCCUGUCCUGCGGCCCCGCCCAGCGGGAGAACGGCCUGCUGGGAGCGGGGCCGCUGGCGGGCCCGAGGGCGGGGCCGGGCGCUCUGGGGAGGGGGGCGGGGCCGCUGGGGGCCGCCGCGGGCCUCCUGACCCCGCCCCCGCCUCUCCCCGACGGGCUGCCGCCCCCCCUCACGAAGCGGAUCGAGGACCUGCGUGCCGCGUCCCGGCAGUUUGACCAGGAAGGGAGGAAGAAAUUCUUCACCCUGGAUAUGAACAACAUCCUCCUGGAUAUUGAGCUGCAGGUGCAGGAGCAGCCGGCUGCAGUGCGCUCUGCAGUGUACUCCCACCUGGAGGCCUUUGUUCCCUGCAACAAGGAAGCACUGCUCAAACGCCUCAAGAAGCUCAGCCUCAAUAUCCAGGACGAUCGGUUGCGGACUCCCCUGUUGAAGCUGAAGUUGGCCGUGUGCAGUGUGAUGCCCGAGCAGAUCGCCAGAUACAACAUGGACUGCAUAGCCAAGGCCGCCAAGCAGCAGUCGGAGGAGGGAGAGAAGAACGGCUCAGAGGAAGAGGAUGAGGAGAAGCCGGGGAAGAGGGUGAUGGGGCCGCGCAAGAAGUUUGUGUGGGACGACCGGCUCAGGACCCUGCUGUGUAACCUGGUUCGGGUGAAGCUGGGCUGCUAUGCGCUGGAGGCCCAGUGCUCUCUGUCUGCAGAGGACUAUCUCAAAGCCUUCAUGGAGAACGAGGUCAAGCCCCUCUGGCCCAAGGGCUGGAUGCAGGCCAGGAUGCUGUUUAAGGAAAGCCGCUCGGUACACAGUCACAUGACCGGAAACCUAGCCAAGAAGAAGAUUGUCCCCACGCAGAAGGCCAAGGCCAAGGAGGGUGCCUGGGUCCAGAUGUCCACCCCCACCUCCUCCGCGGCGGCCACGCCCUCCCCGGCCCCCGCCCCCGCCGUGCGCCGGCCCCUCCCCUCCUCCCCCUCGGAGACCAUCUGCCUGUCGGACUCCCUGGACGACGACCUGAUGGCGCCCUCGCUGGACUCCAUCUCGCACGCCCUGGCGCUGCUGGGCAGCGCGGCCAAGGACCUGGUGCAGAGCGACGGCCCGCCUUCCCCCCCGGGCCCCCACGCCCACCGGCCCGGCGGCUCCGCCCCCGCCUCGCUGGCCACGCCCCACUACGCCUCCCUGCUCUCGCACCCCCUCCUGGGGAAGAAGGAGGCCCCCGCCAUGUCCUCGGGUGGGGUGGGCGUCGCGACUACCUCUCCGUCCCCCUCUUCCUCCUCCUCCUCGUCCUCGGCUCGGAGCGAGGGGCUGGGGGGGGCGAAGGCGGCGGGGUCGCUGGUGCAGGCUCACAGACUCGCUCUCAGCUCCGCGCACAGGCCCGGCGUCUCUGCCAUCAACAGACUCAGCCUGCCCAACUCGCCCUCUCCCCCAAAGCCACGGCCCCCCCCCACCGCCUCCCCGCUGCUGCCCCCCCAGCAGAAGUCCUUCUGCUCCCCGGGGGUGAAGGCAGGGGGGGCCGCCCCUCCCUCUGGACUGGUGAAGGGCGGCGGUAAGGCGGGGGCUGCUAACUGCAGUAACAGUGGCGUGUUGAGCAUGUCUGCUCAGUCCCGAAUGAACUCGCACACUCCUCAGCUCAACCCCAAAAGCCCUCAGACCCCCCGCCUGCCCCACAGUCCCUCCCCAGGCCCCUCCGCGUCCCACCUCCAGUCCAAACCCCACCAGCAUCACCAGUCGAACUUCAUCACACCAAUGCAGGCCACCCUCACCAAGUCCUCACACAGCAACAACCCGCCCAUAAUCAAGCUCACGCCCCGCCCCCCGGCCCCGACCCCGCCUCCUUCGUCAUCCCCGUCCCCGUCCCCCUCCGCCUCCCCCUCCCUCCCCCCUCACUCGCGGCCUCAGCCCAUUCAGAACGCGCACCAGUACUCUCCCAAAAACCCCGGCUUCCGCCCGCCCUUCUCCGUCCCGGGUGGGGCGGCCAAGGCGGGGCAGGGCAGCUACAGCCCCGCGGGGGGGCAGAAGAGCUCCCCCCACAGCAGCACCAGCGCCAGCCCCACGAGCACCGCCUCCGUUUCCAGCCGCCCCGUCUCAAGCCCCUCCCCUUCCUCCAGCUCAGCCGGGCACGGGCAGCGGCAGAGGCCGGCGGGCGGGGCCAGCCAGGGGGCUAAGACAGUGGCCAGCCGAGCGCCCGUUGCUUCUGUCCACUCCUCCCCUCUGUCUCAGGUGUCCUCACCAGGCAGUAACCUCCUGGGCCCCGCGCCCCCCUCCCUGCCGCUCGGCUUUGGGAUGCUGGGGGGGCUGGUUCCCGUCUCGCUGCCCUUCCAGUUCCCCUCCCUGCUCAACUUCUCCCCGUCCGGAGUGCCGGGGGGCAGCGGCUUGGGGGCGGCCGCCAGCAACAACUCAGGAUACAGCCUGGCACAUGAUCUGUUAAAGAGUCUGCAGUCAGGGUCUCAGGCUGCGCUGCCUCCUCACUUGCAGCUUGCCUUCUCAGACGCAACCCAAAGCCAGGGAGGAGACGUGAAGAGGAAGUCUCACUGACCAACAGGAAGCCGGAGGGAAGACGGGGCACCCGCGGCCCCGGCCCCCCCAGGAAGAGAGCGCUGGUCUGGAAGCGUCAGAGCGACCGCUGGCUUUUGGUCGGCUGAACUGCGGAAACGUCGGGAUUUUCUCCUCCCGGGCUGUCCCAUGACUGCUCUGGUGAAUUAAUUAUUCUUGCUAUAAUUAUUAAUUAUAUCGUAAUUUGGCUGAAAGGGUGAAUGAUGAACUUUUGUUUUUUUUUUUUGUUUUUUUUGUUUUUUUCGUCAACAUGUUUACAUGACAGACCUUUAUCACUGUGGAAAAGAGAGAGGGAAGGCAGGAGAGUAUACGCUACGUAAUUUAAGUUAUAUUUAAGUAAUCUUACUUAUGUAUUCUGGAUUAUUUUUCUGAAGCUGUUUUAACUAUGAGUCCUGAAUCCUGGUUUUUAGGAGACUCCCCUCUCUCCCUCUGAGAUGGUACGGUCCUACCCCCCCCCCACGGGAGUCGUACUAUUCAAGCCCCACUCCCACCCCUCCCACUGCAGACUGUUAACACAAGUAGCUAUUUUUAUUGAAAAGUGACUUGUAAUUAAUUUACACACAGGGAUAACGCUUUCCACUUAUGAUUUAAGUGCGAGCGUACAUGAACUUGAGUGUGUGCGUGUGCGUGCGUGCGUGAGUGAGUGUGUAUAUACUGUAUUCUCUUACCAGGUCAGUCUGUAUAUAGAUAGCAUACCCCCCCCCCCUCUCUGUCCUGCUCCCUGUCCCCCUCUGGUGCUGCUUUCACACUGGACUUACUUUGGAGAAACUUGAAGUUGAGUGAAUAUCCCAUAUAUGGAGCAACAGAGAAAGGGUGAGAGGGAAGGAGAGAGAGAGAGAAGGAGGGAAGACGAUUGUAGCCUACUUGAACUUUAUUUUGAAUUUUGUUGCUGUUCCAAUAAAACUCAAGAACACACAGACUCAUAACAAAAAAAAAAGCCUUAGUUUGUAAGUUAAAAGAACUAUGCAGGAUGGUAAAAUGCUUAUAGCAGAACUACAAAUUGUUGCUUGGGGAUUUCUGUUGCCAUUAUCCACCUGUCUGGAUGUUUGUAGGAGUAAGAUCAUACGUGUGUGUCGCUCUCUUCCUACAUUUAUAAUAAAAAGGAAAAAACAGCUCACCACCUCAUUCCCCCCUUUACUCAUCUCGUGUACCUUUUCCUCUUCCUCCUCAUGUCAUUUCAGACACACUGCUAUCCCAUUCCGUGUUCCUGUUCCUUCUCCCAGUCAUUUCAGAAACACUGCUAUCACAUUCUGUGUUCCUGUUCCUUCUCCCAGUCAUUUCAGACACUGCGAUCCCAUUCUUCUGUUCCUGUUCCUUCUCCCAGUCAUUUCAGAAACACUGCUAUCCCAUUCCGUGUUCCUGUUCCUUCUUCCAGUCAUUUCAGACACUGCGAUCCCAUUCUUCUGUUCUUGUUCCUUCUCUCAUGUCAUUUCAGAAACACUGCUAUCCCAUUCUGUGUUCCUGUUCCUUCUUCCAGUCAUUUCAGACACACUGCGAUCCCAUUCUUCUGUUCCUGUUCCUUCUCUCAUGUCAUUUCAGACACACUGCUAUCCCAUUCUUCUGUUCCUGUUCCUUCUCUCAUGUCAUUUCAGACACACUGCGAUCCCAUUCUUCUGUUCCUGUUCCUUCUCUCAUGUCAUUUCAGACACACUGCUAUCCCAUUCCCACUCCAUCCCAGCCUUCGACUGACUGACAGAAUUGUGGAACCAAAGAUAAUGUCUGUAGGUUAGAAUGGCUGCCAAGUCGGUCACUUUUUUUUCUUUCUUUUUUUUUUGUUUUAAAAGCAUAUACUUAAAAAUGUAUCUGUGUGUUUGUGUAUGUCUGCGUGUGGAAGUCUUUGUAAACCAACUUUGGUAAUGUUUUGGGUUCACAUUUGGGGGGGUAUAUUGUCUCGGUUAAUUUUGUCUUUCGUAGAUUAUUUUUGUGUGAUGAAUAAAAAAAAAAGGCUGUUGGUUUUCA